UGUUUUUAUUUAUUUCUUUGUUUCAUGUGCAUAAAACAACAACAAUGGUGGAUAAUUGAAGAAGUGUGAAUAUUAGGAUGAGCGAAUGACAUUUCCUGUUACAGCUACCCGACCGAUAUCUCAAGUGAAUCAACAGGGGGAGGAUGAAGCGGCGCAAUGCGGACUGCAGCAAACUCCGACGGCCGUUAAAACGGAACCGAAUCACCGAGGGUAUAUAUAGCAGUACGUUCCUGUACCUGAAGUUCCUGGUAGUGUGGGUGUUAGUUCUGCUGGCCGACUUUGUGCUGGAGUUCAGGUUUGAGUACCUGUGGCCCUUCUGGCUAUUUAUCAGAAGUGUCUACGACUCCUUCAGAUAUCAGGGGCUGGCGUUUUCUGUUUUCUUCGUAUGUGUGGCGUUUACAUCAGACAUCAUAUGCCUCCUUUUCAUCCCCGUCCAAUGGCUGUUCUUUGCUGCCAGCACCUACGUAUGGGUCCAGUAUGUCUGGCACACAGAGAGAGGAGUCUGUCUACCUACUGUAUCGCUGUGGAUUCUGUUUGUGUACAUCGAAGCUGCCAUACGGUUCAAAGAUCUGAAGAACUUUCAUGUAGACCUGUGUCGCCCCUUCGCUGCUCACUGUAUCGGCUAUCCAGUGGUGACUCUAGGCUUUGGCUUCAAAAGCUACGUUAGCUACAAGAUGCGACUGAGAAAACAGAAGGAAGUGCAAAAGGAAAACGAGUUCUACAUGCAGCUUCUACAGCAGGCUUUACCGCCAGAGCAACAGAUGCUACAAAGACAAGAGAGGGAGGCUGAAGAGGCUGCCUUAGCUAAAGGGAUCUCGGAGGUAGAACCUACAGUAGUAUCCCAAAAUGGAGCACCUCCUGGAAAGAAAAGCACCUCAGUCCCAUUACCAGAACUGGAAUACCGGGAAAAAGGGAAGGACAGUACUGCAAAAGAGCGGGAAGGCAAAAAACAAAACACAAUUGGAAUCAAUAACAACAGUAUUAUACACGCACUGGACUCCAAACUACAGGAGGCAGAGUAUAUUGAGAACUACGCUGGGGCAAAGAGACUGAAUAACGACCUGGCAGGUGAAAACACACACGCCGAUACCAACACACACACUACUUCUAAAGAGGAAAUGGGGGGAACGACAAAGAACUUCAAAAAUGCCAGCGGAGGUGGGGGCAACAACAAUUCAUCUCCACGGAAUCACAGUUCUGCAAACGGCAGUGUGCCACCAGGCUCCUCAACCAAUAAGAAUGAGAAGAAGCAGAAGGGUACGGGGAAGGCCCAGAAGGAUCCGGUGGAGAACGGCAUCCCCAAUAACCAGCUGGGCAAGCCAGACGCUCUAGUGCGGCUGGAGCAGGAUGUGAAGCGUCUGAAGGCAGAUCUUCAGGCCAACAGGCAGUUGGAGUCAGAGCUGCGGAGUCAGCUUUCGUCUCUGAGCAGCCAAGACCGCAGCCUUCGCUCUGAGCUGGGCCAGCUGCGCCAGGACAAUGAGCUGCUGCAGAACAAGCUACACAGUGCCGUCCAGGCCAAGCAGAAGGAUAAGCAGGCCAUCUCCCAGCUGGAGAAGAGGCUAAAGGCUGAGCAGGAGGCAAGGGCUCUGGUUGAAAAACAGCUGGCUGAGGAGAGGAAGAGAAAGAAGAUGGAGGAGGCCACUGCUGCCAGAGCCGUAGCUUUAGCAGCUGCCACUAGGGUGGAGUCUACUGAUUCUCUGCGUGGUCGUAUCAGAGAGCUGGAGACCGAGUGUAAGAAGCUCAGCAUGGACAUGAAACUUAAGGAGGAACAGAUUCGGGAUCUGGAGGGCAAGUGUCAGGAGCUGCGCAAGUAUAAAGAGAAUGAGAAGGACACAGAGGUGUUGAUGUCAGCGCUGUCAGCCAUGCAGGAGAAGACCCAGCACCUGGAGAACAGCCUCAGCGCUGAGACCAGGAUCAAACUGGACCUUUUCUCUGCACUGGGGGAUGCCAAGAGGCAGCUAGAGAUAGCGCAAGGCCAGAUCCACCAGAGGGAGCAGGAGAUCGCGGAGCUGAAGCAGAAGAUAGCAGAGGUGAUGGCGGUGAUGCCCAGCUUGUCCUACUCGUCAGAUGGCAGCAACCUCAGCCCCGUCACCCCACACUACUCCUCCAAGUUCAUGGACAAUAGUCCCUCCUCCCUGGACCCCAACGCCUCAGUCUACCAGCCCCUUAAAAAGUGACUGUGACAUCAACACUUUUGUCAGACUGAACUUUUCUUUGUUUUUUUUGCUCUCAGUUCCGGUUUGGGUUGUUUUUGAGUUUACUAGCCCCUGACUUUUUUUUUGCACUCUAACAUACCACACAGUGCACACAACCCCUUCAUACGUAUAUGUAUUUGUUUGUCAUUUUCUUUCAUUUUGGUUCUAUUAUGAGAACUACUAUUUUGAGGGGGUUGUGUACAAUAGGAUUUCUUUUGUUUGUUGUUAGGAGUUUUGGGAUUUAGCCAUCAGACAGCGUGAUCUGUUUGAAGGGGGAGAAAGGAACACCGAACUGGUUGGCCAAAUGUCUACCGAAGAGCCAUCAUGCAUCGCUGUCAUGUCAGUCUUCUUUUGGUGUACAGUCUACACCCCCCCUCACAGCCAUGUUUUCUUGUGUAGUAAGCUGACACCCAAGGUUUUUAAUUUAAAGACAACAAUUGGCUUCUGAUGAUGGUUUAUAUGAGGCAUGUUUUUAGUUCAGAUGUGACUUAGAAGCUCACCUGUAAAGUAAUGCCCUGUGAGAGAUACAUGAAUGUAAUACUGUUCAUGUUUUGAUAUCAGCAUUAAUUUAAAUCAGUGAUUGUUUGUUUUGUAAUGUUUCAGUUCAGUUACAACAAUGUACAUUUCUUCUAAAAUAGUGAUAUUGAACAGAUAAACGUUUGCUGUGUUCCUCAGAUAUUCCAAUACAAUUUAGUCUCCUAAUGCUGGAAUAAUGGAUUCUCCAGGAUUAUCAGUAAGUGGAUGAAGCAGAUGUAGUUUUGUCCUUAAGAAUACUACUGCUAGAUUGGACCUGGCACUGCCAAAACGUUCCAUUGACGCUCACUCGUUUGCUGCAGACACCUUUCCUCUCCCUUCUGGACCAAAUUAGAACCUGUUAGGCCAUAUUGUUCACCGGAUUUAAUGAUGUCGAGGUAACUGGUCGUUACCAUUAUUUGCAGAUUUUUACAGUGCCUUGCAGUUUCUCUUUUUAAGAUGCAGAAACCACAUACUUUGCAAAUCCUGGGAUCUAAAAGUAUCAGCUUCAAAACUGUUGCUCUCUCUCAAGCUCUGGUUUUAGUUUGUACGAGGUAAAGAUCUCUCACAAGUCAGUAUUCAAAGACUUAAACAAUUAAGUGUCACAUCAGACACAUUCAAUCUUGUUGCAGCUAAUUGACCACGUUAUUGCAGGCUUAAAGGGAAAACUUAACACUGGACAUGGUACAAGUCAUUUCAUAGUGGCACAGUCUUGGUAUGCCAAACACCAACCAAACUGAUUGUCUAUUAUCAUGCCGUCUAGCUGGCAUUUUGUUGUUUACAAUGAUGUACAUUAACUUACUGAGGAAUGUUUUCUUUGUUCAUUUCAUUUCAGUUCUUAAGUGCCAAGUGUUGAUGUUCAGUUUCCAUCCAUACUUUGAUCGAUGUAGCUAGCGUAAUGUUUACGGAAGAGUGCUGUUAUUUUUUUGUCAUUAGAACAUAUUCAGAUGGUGUUGUGUUUACAAGGGUCUGGGCUGAUCAUGACGAAGCAGUUGGACUGAUUGUGUUAUUUACACAUUUAUUUAUUUGAUACAGACUUUUAUUGAGUGGCACUUCUUUGAUAUCUCCCAUCAUGUUCAAUUGGUUUCUGAUAUUUUCUACCAGGAAGGAUUCUGUGAAUGUGCUGUGUUGGGAAAAGGUUACCCCUGAACCAUUUGACCAUGUUGUGCUGUCAUGUCGCCUACCUGAAAAAAAAAAAAAAAGUAUUGUUUGUGGAUCGCUCUGGCGUUGUGAAAUCAGUUCUCAAGUUGCUUUUACAAGUUUGUGUAGAAGGAAGAGAAGGUUUAAAAAAAAAGUGCUUUGUUUUAUCUUUUCAUUGUUCCACCAUGUUUAUUUUCUUUACUCAAAGUGAUGGUGGCAGUGUCACACUUCUCACUUUGAUCAUCACUAUUAAAGAAAGUCUUGCUGGUGGCAAUGCAAGCUGUUGACUCU